CUUCCGUAAAGCAGUGAUAAAGAUGGCGGCUGCCGCCGGAUCAGGCAUCGUGGUUCCCCGCAGCUUUCGGCUGCUGGAGGAACUGGAGGACGGUCAGAAAGGAGGCGGCGACGGCACGGUGAGCUGGGGCCUCGAAGACGACGACGACAUGACGUUAACUCACUGGAACGGCAUGAUCAUCGGCCCCGCCAAGACUGUGUAUGAAGGCAAGAUAUACAGUCUGAAAAUAGAAUGUGGAUCCAGAUACCCUGAGUACCCUCCUCACGUGCGCUUUGUGAACAAGAUCAACUUGAGCGGCGUGCACAGUUCCAAUGGUGUGGUGGACAUCAAGUCGCUGACAGCGCUGUGCAGGUGGAAGAACUCCUACAACAUCCGGACGGUGCUGCAGGAGCUCAGACAGCACAUGAUGACGAAAGAGAACAACAGGCUGUCCCAGCCACCUGAAGGCCAGGUGUACAACUGAGACUCCUGCUGCCACACACACACACACACGCACCCUCUCACACCCUCUCACACACACACUCCAAGACUCGACUCGGAGCCUUCCCAUUGGACAGAGAGGAAGUCUAUUACAGUCCACAUUCUGCAGACCAGAUGUUACCAAACAAAACAUACUGUACAUUUAAUGAUGUUAUUUUUUUAUUCUGUCUGUGUUCUUCAUCCAGAUUGUAAAAUAACACAUGAGCUGAUUGAGUGUUACCAAUCAUGUGUGUGCAGUGGACAGUGAGUCCCUGUUAUAUGUAGGUAUUGUGGUGAGGGGAAAAGAAAACACACCUCUGUAACCCUGACUUAAAUAUGAAUGUUAAAUAUUGGGAUCAUUCCUCACAAACCUCACCAUCCUGCAGUAUACUGACACAGAUCCCCCUCACUAAGAUAAUAAUGCACCCCUCCAAAUUUUGCUUUGUUCAGUCCCCGGGGCCACAUCACUCUCAAAUGAAUUCCCCAUUUUUUCCCUUGCGAUCCCGACAAUGUGAAUUUGCCGGGCCGUCUUUUGGAACGAGCGCACGUCCGGUUACACGGGAAUAAACUGCUACUAGACAUUCAGAGACGUAUAUAUCAACAGGGCACUGCUGGCUCAUCACUCAUGUUCUCAGACCUGUCUUCAGUGUGCCAUAUGGUUCAUAGCGCUUUGUGAUGGUGAUUGAUUAUUAGCAGCCGGGGAGGGGGGAGGGGGGGGGGGGGGGGGGCGCAUAGUUUGUGUGCUCGGGACCUUUUACACGAUCACAACUGUACUGUGGGCCUGUGUGGAGCAGGAGGAGCUGUGACUUUUUUUUUUUUUUUGUUAAAUGUUGCUGUUUUUUGGAUUCUUGUUUCAGUUCCUUUGGUCUCUGGGCUGACCUGUGUAAACUCCAUGGAGUCUUCUCUUUCAUACAGAGAACGCCCACUGAACGCAAUGUACGACUUUGGAUGUUUAUUUUAUAAAUGGGGUUGAAUCUAAUCAGGGUGACGGUGAACUGUUGCAUGGUUUUAUUUGAAUUAAACGUUAUUACU